GACUGUUCUGUGAUUGGUCAGAUUGGUAGCGGAACCUGCAGCGGCUACUACAACAUUYGUUUGCCAUGAGUUUAACUUCGUGUUUCAUCUCCGCUGUUUAAUACAUUACUGCCAGUUGUUAUUAAUGCAUAACCAAGAUUCAAAUGAGUCAUUUCAGAAAAUACUCGUAACACAUUUUAAUGAAGCGCUACGAGACAUUUGUCACCGAGUUAAUGAAGCUAACUUCAUUAGCUUAGUAGGCUAACUGUGCAUUGGAAUCACGGUAGUUAGCAUUUAGCUAUCAAAGCAGCGAUACCAGUAACACCAAGAUAUAAGCAUGAACUGCCCUCCCACAAAGCGUUUCCGAGGCCUCAACCAAGAUGUAGUGACGGCAGUCGCCUUUGACGAUACUUUUGGAGACGAUGAUGAGUUCACCCAGGCAGACUUGGAGGAGAUAGACAUCAUCGCCUCGCAGGCCAUCACWUCAGCAGGGCAAGAGUCCAAACCAGCAACUAAACCAAGCCAGCCAGCCCAUGGAUCCCCCUGGACCUCGUCUGCAGGACCCAGCAAACCUCUGAGCAGAGCGGCAUCCAGUCAGAGCAGAGAAAACACAUUUGGGUUCAGCAAAGGAAAUGCUGGAAAACCUAGCAGGGAGCCUCUUGGUAACACGCGGCAGCCAUUUGGGUCAGAUGGAGAGGACUCUUACAGACUCCUGGAGGCCCAGCAUGCAGAGCUGAAGAGGAAGUUAAAAGAGGUGGAAGAAGAGAUUCUGUUGAAGAGUGGGGAGAUUCGGGUCCUGAGAGACUCUCUGAAAGCAGCUCAGCAGGAGAAGGAGGCUCAGAGACGGAACCAGAUCCUGCUGGAGACUCAAAGGCAGAUGGAGCAGAGUGAAAAAGAGAAGGAGCUCAACAGGAAGGUUCAGUCUCUGCAGUCUGAGCUGCAGUUUAAAGAAGCAGAAAUCAGUGAAAUGAAGACGAAACUUCUCAGUGCAGACAAAACCAAGAUGUCCUCUCCGGUGGCUAGAAACAGUCCCAAAGUGCUCAGUACUUUAGCCCAGAUGCAUCAUGGGAGUGGCAGCAACUCUUCCUCUCCAGUAGGAAAUGGAUUCAUCAAAAAAGAUGCGUUUGGAGCUCCGAUAUCGUCCAGAUCAACGCAGAUGAAAGCCCCACUGAAGGCACGCAGAGAUGGUGGGUCACGGAACGAUGUCAUGACUAGGGCUGGCAGCAGAUUAGGUGAUGGGCAGGAAGUGUCUCUUCCAGACCCUUUUCUGUCUGUCAGUCCUGCACACCCACAGCACAGAGGCGGUGUUCUUCUUGGCUUGUUGUUGCAGCAGCCACUACCUCCUUAUCGCCUUGGCCUCUCUCACCUGCUGGCUAUGAGUGUGACUAAUUACAGGUAAACAACCGUGACGGCCUCAGCUAACAAAUAACUGCAUACAGACCUUCCUGUUGGAGACCCCAAAGCAGCCCUGAGUCUGGUCCAGAGCCUGGCUGCAACUGGACUCAACAUGUUGAGUCAGAGCCAAACAGGCAGCUGCAGAAACAACAGGUUGUGUUCUGGGGCCGUUCUCCUCCUCCCUCUGUUGGACCUCCACCUGUCUCAGCUUUGUCGAGCUCUGGACUCUCUUCGUUCUUCCUCCGCCGGCAGCAGUGGGUCAGGCUCUUCAGGUCCCACCUCGCUCCCAUCAGAUCAAACUGUUUCUGGCUGUCCUGUGCUGGAGAGACCGGAGGAGGCCAGUUUCAGCGUGGAGGAGGCUGGUUUAACAGCACUUAGGCUCCUUUAUUUUCUUCUGUCCCACAGUGAUGAGGUGGUGAUGGCUGUGUUGUUAAAGGAGAAUCAGUCUGACGAGAUUAACCAGCCCACUGCACACGUGGGUUUCUGCUCCCAGAAUGCUUUGCUUCAAUCACUGCUGCAGCUGUGUGACUCGCGGCUCUGCAGCAGCAGCUCACAGAAGGAGGGGCUCAUCCUGAACGCGUUGAAGACACUGUGUGUCCUCGUGAACAGGACGCCACACACACAUUCUGACAGGUUGCAGUGCGUGCUGCAGGUGGUGUUUUUGUGUUUGUCGUCAGACGUUUCAGCGCGGGCAGUUUCAGAGUGUGUGUCUGUUCUCAAAGAGAUGUCUGACCAUCCGAAACUGGCCCAGCAGCUCUGCUCGCAGCACGAUCCCUGCGUUUUCCUGAAGUUGUUCCAGUUUAUCAGAAACCCACCGGACAGCAGACCAGCUGACGUGAACUUGAUUUUGCUGAAUCUGCAGGUGGUGCGUUUGUUGAACAGCCUGAGUCAGAGCACAGACAGCUGGAUGAACACUGAGCAGAACACCUGUCAGUGUUACACUGAGGUGGUUCAGACAGCUGUGAUCAUGUUGCAUCRUCAGUGGUUGGAUCUUCGUGGUUCUCAGGAGCCAACAGAGUCAGCGGGUCUAGUCUCACCGUGGUGGAGCAGCCAGGCUGCGUCUCUGCUCAGAGAGUGUCUGCUGCUGCUGCACUGGCUGCUGCUGCAUCACGGCAGCUUUUCAGAAAGCUGCAGGCCGCUCCUGCACAUGUACGACCAGAUGAUCCCCGCUGUACGGGAAACGCUGAGGAAGAUCCCCGAGCCGAGCGAGAGCGAAGAGCUGGCCUUGGAGGAAAUCUGCCGCUCGGAGGGCGACGACACUGAUGACAUGGACACUGAAUCUGGCCCAUAACUCGCUCUUUUAUCGAGUCCAUCAGCGACUGUUGACUGAACACGAGGGACGGUUUAUAAUCUGUCGAUGGGRUAUUUCAGACCGAGACGAGGACAGAGACUGAGACCGUCUCGGUAGCACAUUUAUCUGGAUCAGAGGUGAAGUCUGACCAAAGUGAAGGAAUCAUUUUGUUUUAUAAUGGAUUGAACUGUAACACUGAGGUUGUCAAUACUCAUGGACACAUUUUUCCCUCCUUUUGUUUUUCUGUGUUUUUGUUUCUUGUCUUCAGAGCCUGUCCACUUGUUGUCCGGUCUUUCCUCAAACCUUAAGACAGGUUUUAAACUGCUUGCCGCAAAUGUAAAAUCACGAGACACUUUAUGAUCAUUAUAUUGACACAACAGCAAAAUAAAAACAAGAAAUUUGGAAAGA